CUGGGAAAGCCAUUCAGAAACAUAAUCUCUAUCAAAAUUAAAGAAAACGAAAUGAUUGGUGAACUCAAAAGAUGUAUUAAAGCUGAAAAAGAUUACUUCGAAACUCGUACAAAUACCCAUAUAGGAAGCAAUAAUACAUUUCCCUGUUUUGAUCUUUUCGACAGCAACGAAAUAUUGUCAUAUUUUGGAAUCAAAGACAUUUGGAAAGAAAAUCCUCCAAAAUCUAAUCUUCACGUAGUUGUUAAAAUCGAAGAAAGAAAUGUUGGCGAACUUAAUCAUAUUAUUUCCAACGAACUAAAACUCAUGGCCAUAAACAUUUCUCCUAAUCAGGUUAUUACAUGUGAGGAAGACAAGUGUGUCAUGAAAAACUUGGACAAAAUUAAGAGCGUUUUCGCUAAUUCAAUCUACAAUUAUAACCCUGACCAUCUCCAUGUAAUGAUAAGUUCAAAUGCCUGGAAGGAAGUACAUUGUAAAGCCAUUUAUAAAAAAACUUCUAUUAAUCUUUAUAGGACACAUGAUGGAAAUACCCAAGGGGAAUUUAUUCGAAGUGAUUCCAUGCUAGAGCGUAUCAUGUGGGGAAAGUUUAUAGAGUCGAUGUUAGUAUAAUCAUCGAAGUUCA